AGCGACGAUUGUCAGUUGGUUGUGUCAGUCCAUCCGUCAGGGCAACGCUGGAUUCCCCCCGCCCUAUACGUCAUUGCUUCCCUACUCUUCCUCCCCUCCCAAAUGUGCUAUCUGUCUGUCCUCGAAAUCCCCCUUACGCAAUCUCUUGCUUCCUCUUUCGAGUUGUCUUGGCCAUUUCAUUCCAUUUAUUCCAUCUUAACUUCCCAUCUCCCUGACCUGCUGGCUCUCGUUUCGCCAUCUCCAACAUCUCCGCCAUGUCUCUCAGCUCCGCGACCGGCAACCUGGCUGGCCGUCCGCCCAAGUUGACCAACGACCUCAAAUCCACCGUCCAGCAAACCCAGGAUACCACCACGCAAACCGCCACUCAGUUGUCCGACUCAGUCCUCCCCGGUGAAUUUCCUGGCGAUUCGGAUCACAUCCAUGAUGCGCAGCGCGACGACACCAACAACGGACCCGUGCUGGCGCCUCUCCAGCAGUGGUGUCGCCAGUCCCUCCCCCGUCUACUCGAUCGCUUCGAGGCUUAUCUCGCCGGACUGCUUUCCUGGAUCCUACCAGCACCACGCCAGGCCUGGCUGUACGAUGAGGCCGCGCGCCGUCCCGCCAGCACCACCUUUCUCAUCUGCCAGGCCAUCUGCUGUGGUGUGCCCUUACUCGUCUUUCUCGCGGGGGUCUUUGUCUUCGCUGCGGUCGCCAUUCUUCUCUGGGCGAUACUGUCAGUUCUCAUCCUGGGGCCGGUGCUCCUGGUGGCCAGUAUGAUGGGCGUGUCGCUGUGGGGUUGGGGUUGGUUGCUGUAUGGCCUCGUCAAGUGGAUCGAUGAGAAAUACCUGGGCGGGUUGAUCUCUCGGUUCUGGCUGUCGCGUAUGCCAUCGCCGGAGGGUCAGGAUCAGGAAUCGGCAGAAGGACAGGAUGGAACCCAGGAGAAGAAAGCACAGUAAGGUGAUAAUGAUGCUGAAUACUCUUUCAUUCCGUUUGAUGAUUCAUGAUAAUCUUAAUGCUCGAAUUUGUCAGUUCUUCUUGUAUCUAUAGUCGGUUACUUCACUAUUCAGAUUGUAUAUAUAUUUUGAAGCAGUAGCUCGUUCGGCAUGUCCUUGAAGUGUACAUUCGUAGCCGUUGACUGCAUCAAAUAGUUGGUAGUAUAUGCGAUAUGAUUGUAGUAAAUAAACAUUUGAGUCCUUGACUAGUACUAAGUAAGUGAGCAGUACUACUAUCGAGGUUUUAUAAUGGAUGUUAGUAAUGAGUUGUUCCUGUCUAGCUCAGAAUCUCCGAAGCAAUUCCGCUGACACACACAAUCUCGGCUACUGCGG